GAAGUUUUUAGUUAGCAGAUAGACUUGGCAGACCACCGAUCAACUCUUUCCUCUCUGCUUUUUUCUUACUUGGGAAGUUCUCAGUCUACAUUUACCUAAGGGUCCUCCUUAGACUACAGAAGAGCAGACAAGCGCCUGCUUCAGAGGGAGGCCAAGUGGUAACUUAUUUGAUCCACUCCAAAGGAUGGCCAACGCAGGCUUGCAACUUUUAGGAUUCGCCUUAGCUUGUCUGGGCUGGAUUGGGUUUAUAGUAUGUAUUGCAAUCCCUCAAUGGAAAAUGUCAUCGUUUGCUGGGGAUGCCAUUAUCACAGCACAGAUAACCUAUGAAGGACUCUGGAUGUCUUGUGUAAUGCAGAGCACAGGGCAGAUGCAGUGUAAAUCCUUUGACUCAUUGCUGAAGAUGGACAGCACUAUGCAGGCCACCCGAGCACUGAUGAUCUGUGGGAUUCUUGUUGGUUUCUUUGCAAUGUGUAUUGCUGCAGUAGGGAUGAAAUGCUUGACAUGUCUUCAAGAUGAUGAAGUAAAGAAGGCAAAGGUUGGAGUAGUGGGUGGAGCACUCUUCAUUGUUGCUGGUCUCUGUGUUUUGAUAGCAACAAGCUGGUAUGGAAAUAAAAUCGCAAAGGAUUUUUACAAUGUGUUCACACCAACCAAUUCUAAAUAUGAGUUUGGUCCUGCCUUAUUUAUUGGAUGGGCUGGGGCUGCACUGGCAAUCCUUGGAGGUGCCUUGCUCUGCUGCUCUUGUCCCAGAAGAGAGACUUCCUACCCACCACCAAGAAGCUACAAUAAAAGUGCACCACCUGCUGGAAAAGAUUACGUGUAACAGAGGAACAGAAAUACAGAAUAUAACUGCCAUGGGGACAUUAGGACAUUAUUCUCCACAUAGUUUUACUGUUAAAUGCGUUGCAUUUCCUUAGAUUCCAGCAUACACUUGCAUGCUUCUAUUCAGCAAAAGUACCAUGCUGUCAUAUCAUUAAGCAACCCAGUAAAGCAAUGACAGUGAUAAGUUAAUGCAGGAAGAUAUUAAAAUCUUGAAAGUCAACAAUAUGAGUUAGAAAACAGAAGGUUAUACAGAUGCCAGCAUUAAUCUAUGUCAUAUUCUUGUCUGCACAAACCCUGCACCCCUAAUCCAAUAAAGCAUUAUAAUUAAAUAAACAACAGUCAAUAACAUUCAAACAGCACCCCAGGCCCAUGGAUAAAGGGCUUCACAAUAAAUACAAAUAAGAAUUGCUAUAUAGAUCUAUAGUAAUAGUUUCAGUCUGUGCAGUUCAGCACCUGCCAUUAAAGAGAACAAUCCAUACAGGUUGUAAAAUCCAAUACCUACAUAGCACCCCAUAAUGCUUUUUAUUGUGUUUGAUAAAAUGUAAGUCAAACUGGCACUUAUAAAGGGUAGCCCGCACUAGGCACAACAACAACAGUUAUAUAUCUCCUAUUCUAACUGUAAUGCUUAAUAUAGGGAGAUAUUCCUUAUCUCUAGUACUUUGGUGACAUGACAAAAUAUCUUCCAUGGGCUAAAUGUAUAAAUGUGCUAAAGUUGUAUUACCUGAUCUACUAUCACUGUCAUGCACAACUAUGUGUUCCAAGUUUUAUCCCAACAAAAAUACAAAGUCAGCAUUCACCCUUGUCGAAAAUCUAAGGAAGCCUCAUCAUUUCUAAAAUAAAGUGUGUUUGGGUUGAGAAGGCAAAUUGUUAUAAGUGUUUCAGAAAAGUGAAAUCAUGUGCCAAUAAAUACAACUGCAGAACUCACAGUUUACAGUACCAAUUCCUUGCAGUGCUUUGAAUCUAUAAAAGGAAACAUUCUUUAUGGCUUUUAUAUAAAAUAUCAAAACACGAGCUUUACAUGAAAAUUUUGGAUAUGUCCUCAGAGAGUCUAAUAUUUAACAAUAGGACUUUUCACAAACACCCAUGAAACUUAGUCGCCACCCAACUCCCCGUUGCUUCCCGUGCUGUGCAUUAAGUGCUGGCUUUGUUUGGUCAAUCAGAAAGGGGAGACUGGUGUUUAUGGCUUGUUAGAUGUCCAGUUAGAGCAGAUUUUUUGAGUGAAGGCCAAGUUACAUUCAGGUAUUCACCCAUGAAUCCAAGGAGUAUCUUCCAGGAGUAUCUAUUAGAGAAAUCACGCAUUCUUUCCAAAUAUUUCCAAACCCCCAGCCAAGAUCCUGUGCUCCCCUUUGGGAGCUAGCCCCUCCAUUUGGAACUGUUGUUAGAAGGACGAGUAUAGUUGUAUGUAUUUGGAGGGUCGUCAGUUAACAUUAUUGGUACAUUUUUGGCAGACAUUCCCCAUUGUGUUCAGCCAUGCCAGAACUGCAAAGCAUAACCACUUCUCCUAGUGUACUUGAACCCUGCAUCCAGAAGGGCUCACUUCAUUUCAAUGAGUAAACAUUAGGAUCAACCUAGUGCCAACUGAAAUCUGUCCAAUAAUUACGUCAAUAUUAUCCAGUUAUAAAAAAAAUUAUACAUCUCCCUCUUUGCAACACCAUGGCGUUCAGUUUACAUUGAAGUCAUUAUUUCAUCCUUACUGUUUAUUAUACCUUCAUACAUAACUAGCAACAGCCAUCAUAGUUCUUUUGCCCUUUUUUGGUACAAUAUACAUUGCUAGAAUUUUUUAUAUUCUGUGUUAUUUCUAUAUUAAUCUUUUUUUUUUCUUGGUUUUGUAUGUGACUGUUAUUUUCAAUAGGCAAUAGUAAUGAAUUCUGUUUCAAGAACUGAAUCCAAGCAUGGGGUACAAUGUACAGAUAUGGUUUCAGGCAAUUUUUAGUCAGUUUGUAUGGAUUACAUCUUUUAUGUGAUUUUUUUUAAUAAAUAAGACUUUUACAAGAAAA